AUGGUAAGAGAGACAAAAAUAACAUUACGUACAAAACAUAUUAACUGUAUCUAUUGUGUAGCAUUAUCAUUCUUUAUACUUGCUAUAGUUCUCUUUGUACUCUCGUCCGAACAAUCGACAACAUUGAAUAAUCAACAAAAUCGUAUACCAGUUAUAAUCAGUGCAUUGAUUAUACUUUUACUAUCAAUUAUAAUAUUCAUAUGGAUGACUUAUUAUGCAAUCGGGUAUUUUCGUUUAAAAAACCGACAGCAAUUAAGUUAUGUACAAAAUCAAAUGAAUAAAAAUUCAUCAGAAAUAAGAACAACAACAUCAGCGAUUAUUUUUGAUAAUGCAGCUUUUACAAUGGAUGAUCCUAUAGUUACGAAUAGUUCUACAAACAAUCAGACAUCUGCUUGGUGA